GGAGGAGGGGGGGAAGCGGGAGCGCGCUUUCCGUGUCUGGUUAGUGGACUGACAGCCAGCUGUGCGGCUACAACGUCAACAACAACCUCCUGGAUUUGCUACAUACAACUAGAUUAGUGUCGGUCUGCUACUGAUCAUAAUCGUACACUAUAGCUAGUUUUUGAAGUGAGGACUCGACGGCGCGCAGCUACAAACAGGAUCAUCGGCGGUUUCCUUGCUAACUAGCUAGAAGAGCAUUCCUCCAACAUGAAUCCGUUGUGUGGCAGAUGUAAUCUAGUCGUUUACCCCACGGAAAAAGUGAAUUGUCUGGACAAGUACUGGCAUAAAGGAUGCUUCAGCUGCGAGGUCUGCAAAAUGACUCUAAACAUGAAGAAUUACAAAGGCUUCGCGAAGAGACCAUACUGCAAUGCACACUACCCCAAGACAAACUUCACCUGUGUGGCUGACACUCCAGAGAACCUCCGCCUCAAACAGCAGAGCAAGAUGCAGAGCCAUGUUCUCUACAGGGAGGAUUUUGAGAAGAAUAAAGGAAAAGGUUUCAGCGCGGUCGCCGACACGCCGGAGAUGCAGAGAAUGAAGAAAUUGCAGGACCAAAUCAGCAAUAUAAAGUACCAUGAGGAGUUUGAGAAGAAGAAGACGGGAGGAGAGGUCCCACAUCAGCAGCCGAGCAACCCCAGCCCAGCAGCUUUCCAGCCGCCUGCAGCCUCUCAGAACUUCCACUAUGAGCCCGCUCCUGUACCCGCGCAGGCCGCCGCUGCCGCCCCGCCUCCCAGUGCAGGGAAGCGGUACAGGGCAGUGUACGACUACGCUGCCGCUGAUGAGGACGAGGUGUCCUUCGUCGACGGAGACGUGAUCAUAGACGUGCAGCAGAUCGAUGAGGGCUGGAUGUACGGCCGCGUGGAGCGCACUGGCCAGCAGGGCAUGCUGCCUGCCAACUACGUGGAGGCCAUCUGAGUGAGAGAGAAAGGAAAAAAAGAGGGAGAGAAGAAUGAGGAGGUAGAGAAAGGGAGGGAAAGAAAGGAAAGGAAAAGCCCAGUGCCAUCUCAUCUUAACGCCGCUUUCUCUUGAUUUUACUCUUGUUCCUGAAAUCUGUCCUGUGAGAACCUGAACCCACCCCACCCCAAUCCCCUUCUGCAUCCCUGCUCUGCUCUCACUGCUCAACCACAGACACCCUUUACCUAUCUGUCUGUCUGUCCUUCUCUGUCCGUCUGCCUGCCUCUUUGUCUGUCUGUCCGUGCUGACGUCUGUCUCUGUUUGGAUGUUCAUCACCUCUUUAUCUUUUCCCAAACAUGGCUCCACUUCCAAGUGCGGCCACAAGUGGAAAAAUGAAAGUCUUAAAGGAUAAACUCACAGUUCAUCGCAGUAUGUCAGGGUUCAUGCCUUGUCCACAGCUCCAUCCUAGCUAAAGCACUUAACAAUCCUAGCUCAACAUCAUGCAAAAAUAUAGGAAGAAAAAAAUGUAAAAAGACCUUUUUCCCCCACGAGUCAGUCACCACAGCGACAGACAUUGUUCUGCGGAGAAAAUAAGUUAAGAGUGUGGGUGGGUGUGGCAUUUUUAUAGGCUUGUUUUUUUUUUUUUUUUUUUUCUUCCAUUUUUGCAGCGUGAUCUUGGCCAGACUGGAAACACAGUGUAGAAUCUCAGUCUAUCAGAACUAAGCUUGAAUAUUUUUGACUUGUGUACAUUCCUUUAACCUCUAACCUUGUUGCUGUUGCACCAAUCAGCCAGUUAUCAGUCUUAACAGAGAGGUUUUUAAUAUAUUUAUAGAUUGACACACGUCUCGCCAUUGCGUGCUCGAGCAGGCACCCCUCGUGUUCAGCACUUCAUCGUGGGUAUCGUUGUGAAACUGGAAUCGUAGCCUAACUGAAGAGCACCUCCUGCUGUGGCCUUUCUCGGCGAUCCAGGAGGGAUCAGGGAGAAGUUAGGGGACAAUAUCAGUCCAUCUCUUGCAGCCACACUGAAUUCAUCCCCUCAGAUGGUGUGGAUGUACAGUGUGUACACCUUUAUUCCUCUUUCUUGCGGCCUGAAUGCCUUCAGUCCUGAGAAAACCACAAAGCUAUGGUGAUCAAGGUUAAACUGUUUGGAGAAAGGAGAUGGGAACAGGUCAAGUCCUUCCCCCUUUUUGCUACAAAAUCACCAAGAAAACACAUUCAUAGAAGAGAAGGCCAAGCACAACUCUAUAUCGUAAAUCUUUUUUUUUUUUUAAAUUCAUUUCACUGUUUUUGUGAGUGAACUUUCCCGUCUUUAUUUUCCAUUUAAUGUGAGAGAAAUUGUUGAAUCCGUGGCUGUGGUAAAUGUCGUUCUCAUGCUGUUCUUCCUUUGCCUUUCUUGUUACUGUAAGAUGCUUAUUAUUACAAAAAAAAGUCAGUGUAUUAAAUAAAAUAAACCAGCAAUUCAGUUUAUGAACCAAGGCAGAGGUGUUUGUCUAGACUUGUUCAAUCGCAUUUGAUCAGCUGUGGGAUUAAACAGCCUGCAUUUUCAGGUCAGAACAGUUCUGGCAGCUUGAUGGAGAAAUCAGCUGAAUGCUCGUACGUUCAGGCCUGUUUUUGAUCAGUGGAUCUCUCUAAAGCUGUUAAAUAUUCGGAAAUUCAAAAAUGGGUCAAGUUACAGAAUUGCAUUUGAAAUACACAAUAGUCUUAACUAUUUAUGCUCUGGUCUUUCUAGUAAAACCAAGCCUGUCACCUGUUUGUCAGGUCAGAGCACUGAUACAAGGAAGCGUUUUUGUUUGUUUGUUUUUGUCCUUCUGGCAGGUGAAUCCCAAAAAGGUAUCAACUAUUUUUGAUGUUUGACCAGUGAAACAGCAUUUGGUUGUCACUAGGAUGAAGGUUGGUUCAUAAGUUGCUGGCUAUUGCACAGAAAUGCUGUAUCAUUCCUUCACUCGAUACUGUAUUUCUGUGAGGAGGACCUGAAAAAGAUUUAGAAAAUGAUAUUUGACCAUUUCUCAGUGGUGUAAAUAAUCUCAUUGGCCCUGACCAUUCACACCUCUCCCCCCCCUUUUUUCUUUCCGUUUCAUUUUCCUGUGAUGCACUGUGACUGUCACAGACAUGAGCGAUAGGUGCGGGGCGUUUUUAAGGUGUGGAGGGGAAAUGUUCAGCUUUAUUAAAGAAACAAAGCUCUCACUAUGUAGCUAGAUGACAUUGUACAAUUGUAUAUGUAUCAUAAAGGUAAGUUAGGGAAAAAUGUUUUUACAGGUCAUGGUGCUCUGGGAAGUGGUUUGCCUUCAGAUUAAUGUAGUUCAUAUUUUUUUGUGAAUGUGGCUGAGGGGAAGUGGUGCGACUUUAAAAGUUGACUCAUGGGGAAAAAAAAAGAUCAAGUUUGGUGCAGGUUGGUGUUGAACAUUAAUACAAUUUAGCAACAUUGAUAAAUUGUGACGGUGCUGAUCACUGAAUCAGAAAAUAACACGUUUAUAGGUUGCCAAACUAAAAUAAACACGCUGUGUGUACGCCUGUAUUUUGCAUUAACCUCCACUAGACAACAGGACAAGUUUAUUUGCAAAACAGAUGCUUGAUGGGAAAGCUGUUUUAGAGCUCACGGUUGUGUUUCCCUUGGUUAAACUGAAGAGUUGAUGGUUUGGCCUGAAGUGAAAUGAUUGUUGUUCCUGGCUUAUGAUGAUGUUAGCUCAAAUUUAAUUUAAUAACGAAGCUACUCACACUGGUAGCCUCCCUUACUCUGCAGAUUACAUCCAAUUUAAACUUUCUGUUCUGGAUGAAAUGAAAAAAAAGAAAGUGGCCAGUGUUGUGUAAGUGUGACUCAGGAUGGAUUUCUUAAGGCAAAGUCAAAUUUGAACGUGUGGUGACGCAAGUGUGUGAGUCUGGGGGGGGAGGGUUAGGGGCAACAGAGGGCGGUGAUCUGAUGCCCUCAAUCUCCCAGGCUGUGAGGCAGGGCAAGUUGUUUGUCUGACCUGGAUAUUAGUCAGGAGUUAACCUCUUUGCGCCAAAUACCGCUCUUCUGCUCCGGCAUCACUCAUCUACUGAACCGUGACUUCAUAUCAUAACCCUGUUUCCAUUCAGUUUCUCUCCGGUAACCUGUCCGCCCGUCUGCUGAGAUCCCCCUUUCCUCCAGCCUUCAUUGUUGGCUCCUGCGCUUCUGAUGAAUCAUUCCCUGCUUCUAUGAUACUGGUUAUAUACUGUAGACUUUGCAGAGUGAAAUCAUGUAAUCCACAAUCAGGUUUAGCAUUCAGACCGGUUUUGUGCAUUCCAUCUUAAAUUGUUUUGUUUUUUGUAUGAUUUUGUUGUUUUUUUAAAUAAGAAAAAUAAAGAAACCAUAUGCACAUUAACAUUCAUGUGUAUUCAAAACUCAUUCUGAAUACAUACUCAGAAUUAAGGACCUGAUAUCAUCUCCUGUUGCCCUGUUACAGCACUUCAAAUUGUACUUAUGAUUCUGCAGAUUCAAUAAAAUGUCAUUUUUUUCUCAGA